AGAGUGUUUGCUGAAGAAUGUGUUUUUAGCAAAGAAGGCUGUGUUGAAAGCAAACAUCAACUAUUUACUCUUUGUGAGCAUUAAACUUUUUUAAAUGUUUAUGUCUACAAGUCAUCUGUGACCUCAUACAAGGUACAUUUUGUCUCUUUGCAUCUCUUUCACAGCACCAAUGGAGCUUCCUUUGAAAAGCAGGAGCUUCAGUUUGACCUCCCACCAACUGAGGGCAUUAACUCAGCUGGCUUGCAUCCUGCUAGGCUUUGAGAGAGAUGUGAGGGAGCUGGUCACUAACAUCACCUUCAUAGACUGCACAGGAGACACUCCAACUUUAAAAGGCAUUCUGAAAAAGCCUAAGGAGGAUUCAAGUUCGACAACAGAUGGCAAGAAACCCACCGCAGACAAACUUCACACCCCAGAGGCCCAGACUUUGGAGUUUAACUGGAGGUUAGCUUUUACUAGGCUUGUCCCGCACAUGGAGCAUUGUGUUAAAGUGGUGCUGGAUGACGUCUGCGCCAAGAACCUACAGCAAGAAGAGGACUUGCAUUCUUCGGGACACACCUUGGUCACCGUAAGCCCCAUCGCUGACUUCUCUGUCAGCAACGAACAUCUUAAAGAAGACUUCUUUUACAAAGGCUCAGAGAGAGACACUCCCAAAAUGACAGCAAAGUUCUGCGGAGCAAUUCUGAUUGAGCUCGAUGCUUUGCUGCCACUGGCAGUAGCCUGCAGGGACACUGCUCUCCUGGGGGUGCGAUCAAGCUUUGUGGAAGCUUGUAGCAGAGCAGCGUUUGCCAUGCUGGGCCGUUUGCAGGAAAGGGCCCUGGAGGUACCGUCCUCUGCACCCCUGAAGAACUUGCCUGCUCUGCUUGCUUCCUGCAUUUAUGUGCAACAGAGACUGGAGCGUUACAAUGUCAUGCUGAAGGAUUCAAGUGCAGCUUCCGCUAAAAUAUCCCUGACUCUGCUGCCAAUCCAGAGAUACCAGGACGCAGUGGAGGCCUUAAGAGAGCAGCUGACCAGCUACUGCGUCCAGGUUUGCCUCACCUGCAUUCUUCAGGAUGCGGAGAGUCACAACUGGGCUGACCCGAAACCCUUCUAUGAGGGAGAGCGGUGUUCCUUUGCACUGCAGAUGUGGUUUUACUUCCUGUGCGGGCUUCGCAGCGACCUGUGGUCAGUUCUUCCGUCAGAGCUAGCCAAGGAUGUGCUGGGAUAUGUGCUGGCAGAGACUUUGCAACUGCUGGUGCGAAGAUAUUCCAGAGUCCGUGCUUCAUACAAGAGACACUUGCAGAUCAGGUGUGACAUCACAGCAGUGUUGCUCUAUGUGGAGCACCUCAUGUGGAGUGUCAGUGAGAGUCCAGAGGAUGUGAUUCUGAUCGACCCUUCUUCAGAAAUGACCAUCAUAGGAGGUGGCUCGGACUGGCCGUACCAAAUCCACAUCCUGUGCGACCAACUGCUGACUGUCCUCCUAGUUGUUACAGCGCCAAUAUCUUUUGUGCAUAGAUCGUUUAUGAAUAGUGCUUCAAAGGACUCAGCACCGCACCAGCCUGAAAGGCCUGUUGUACGCUGGCUAAAUGCUAUCAGCCCUGACCGCUUCCCAGAACAGGUCAUAAGAGAUGGCUUUACGGGUGAGGCAGCCUUGGCGUGCCAGUUGAGGCUACUGACCUCUGACCCAGGAUGCAGUCCCAAGCUGCUGCUGCAAAUGCUGCUUUAUGAAGAUUGUCACCUGCCUAGAAUACUCCUAGAAAAUUCCUAUUUUUGCCAGGAGACUGACUCAGAAAUGUCCACAGAGAAUUGCAAGGCAGGAGAUGACUUCAUAGUUUCUUUGUUCAACUUGUUCUCCUGCUUGAAUAAUGUUCCCAAGGCUUUGACCCAGGCUCUUCAGCCAUACCUGGAGAAAGCACACAUAUGGAAAUAUCUCUACAAACUGGCAGGCCCUACACAGAAGGCACCGGUGGUCAUUGAUUGUGUCCGAGCGUUGGUGAUAAAGUCAGCCAACAGUAUUUUGGUACACCUGGUCUCCAUGGCAGUGGCUUGGCAGGGCACGGAGGAUUGUAGUAAAGCACACCAGUUUAAACAAAAAGUGCCAGAGAGUGUCCUGGCUAAAAUACCCAAGGACUGGAACUAUACACUACCUGAUGAAAGAGGGAAGGACACUGCCUCUGAAGCUGUCAUAUCCUUAGCAAUUCAAGCAUUGUCCUUCAUUUUUACCAACCUGCCAUUGGCUGUGUCGUCGUUGCCUCUCCCUAUCCGCUUCCUCUUUCAAAUGGCAGAAAAGCAUCUCUCCCAUCAUGCCCGGCAGUUGCGCUCAAUGGGGCUGUUGCUCUGGGCGCUGCUGGGGUGUCUGAUCCAGGGUCUGGAAGACCCUGAUGCACUUGAAGAAAUCAGUGGUCUGGCUCUGGACUGCAGGGCAAAAGACUACUUAUCUCUGCUCAGAGAGUGCCUGCAGGCUGCAAUGAGCAUCCAGCGCAAGGGGAUUCCCAAACCUACAGUGCACAAAGUGCUGCAAGCUCUGGAGGAAAAAAGACCCAAGUGGAUAAACACCCAGCUGCGGAAAGCUCAAAAACUCUGUGCAGAAAGUGAUGGACAGGAAAGGAUACAGCGCAGGUGCUGACACGGAUGCACAGCCGCCACCGCCGACAACACCACCAGCCGGGCCGCCAGGCAGAAGAAUGAGGCGAUGUAUAUGGACAAGACGGGACUCCUCUUCUUUUUGCCACCCUCAAUGUCAAACAGCCAAUGGCUGGCUGACAGGCGACACAGCUUCUGCCAUAUUAUAAUUACAAAGAGGAAGAGGAGAAAGAGGACGAGAGAGGGAACAAUGACAGGAAGUGUAUGUGAAGGAGAGGACUUGAUGGACGGCGGUGUGAUAGCCAUCCGUACAGAAAGGGCAAGAAAUGAUGUGGGCGUAUGCCAGGGUUGGGAACUGUACACGCUUGAGGACCUUGACAUACAAUUACACGUCCUAAAAAAACACACACACACUCACACACGCGCGCACACACCAAUCACUUUACUGUAGCGGGAUUCUCUGGUCAGAGUUUAUUUGGUUCCUUUCUAAUUAAUUUCCUUUUUCACUUGUGUUCUGGGGCAUUGCUAGAAAUAAUGCUGCCCUGAGGCCCAAGAUCUAAAUAUAGUUGAAAGCGUUUAGACUUAGGUUGAAGUAUUCACAGAAUGUAAUUCAUAAUACUUGACAAAUGGUAAAUGGAACGGAUGGUUUCAAAAUAUUUUGUACUUAAAAAUUUUAUUUUAUCGGAGUGCUUAUUUCAGGCCCCGUUUUUCACAGCGGUUACUGCCACAGAUCUUUUUGGAGUUUGUCUCUCACAGCUUUGCAACAUCUAGAGAACAAAAUCUCAUCCUUUUCUCUUUUGUCAAAAUGCCUCAAGCCCAGUCACAUUGGAUGGAGAGCUUAGUUUUCAAGUUUUGCAAAAGUGCUUUGUUAGUAGAAACUUCCUCAUGUGUGCUUUGCACUCAACAUGGCUUGUGUCAAACGACAAAGUGUUCUGACUUUCUUUCAACAGUUCAAUAAUCUUCUCAAAAGACAGAUUUGUGCAGGACAUGACCGGUAGAUGUCCUAUCAACAGAUUAAUUCACCUGAGCUGUGCAGCAUAACAACUCCUCCAGUGUUACAAGAAUUGGCUGCUUCCUUUAUUUUUUUAAGUUGAAUAUCCUUCACACUGGCUUUAUAAUGCAUUCACUAGCAGAAUUUUUUUUUUUUUUUAAACAAUAAUUUGUUUUAAAAAAAAAAAUGAUAUGGAGCAGCUGUCCCAGUAAGAUGAGUCUGAUAAUAUCUAUUAUUUAUGUUAAUAUUUAUUAGUCUUGACACAUAUACAUAUGCAUGCAUUUUAGUUUUUAACCCGGUGGUGGGAAUGGGUUUUUCUUGACUGUCAUAAAAAAAAAAAAAAUCUCUUGAUGUCAGUGGUCAGAACGUUAGUUUCCAACUUGGAUCCAAAUUCUCCUCUUAACUGGAACCAACUUUUUCGAGACGCUCUUCUUGCUUGCCUUCACCUCUCUUUCUGUUGUCUUUUU